CACCAAACGACGCAGUUUCAAACCACCAACCACCAGUGAUCAGUAGCAGCCCGAACGUCGUCAGUGCUGUGCUCGUUGUGCUCUCUAGUGGAAGUGUUCCGUGGCCACUUUGGCUUUCCCUGUUUUAUGCAACGAUACGACUUCAAAAUGCAUACCAAGUUUAAUCUCACGGUGAUUGGAUUGUUGUUCCUUGCGAUCUCGCUACUGGCCAGUUGUGCAGCAGCACCACAUCCAAUCGACGCUGACCAGAUGGAAGAGAUGGAACUGCUAGGGCUGGUCGGUUGCAAUAAUGCCGUCACGGUAACCGCGCUUCCACUGCCCGGCUUUACAGUAACCCCCGAACCGGCUGGCCGUGCAGUGAAACCCACCGACGUCACCGCACAGUCCUCGGAAAGUGAAUCAAACGAAUCGGACAACCACUUAAAACAACAAACUGUGAUUGACCAAUAAAGACGAAAGUGUUGAAUUUAUUUCGCUCGC